AUGGUAAAACUACAAAAAUUUAUUGAACAACAUUAUAAUAAGGAUGUAGAAGAAAUCAACAUUAGUUCAAAAUCAGCUGAUAUAUGGUUUGAAAUGGAAGAAAUUAGUGUAAGAGGAAGAACAUUAGAUUUAAGUGCUUACACUCGAUUGAAAAAAUUAAAAAUUGAUGCUUCUGGUUUGGUUAGUGGCAUUAAAGAACUAACUUUGCAUAAUCCAGAACUAAUUGGAUUGGUUAUUUCGAAUAAUAAUGAAUUAGAAAAAUUAAAUAUUGCAGAGGAUGAUUUUACUACUAGUGAAAGUAGCGAAGAGGAACAAGAAGAAAUGGUUGAGGAGGCGGUUGAAGUUCCACCUAAAAAUAGCUAUCAAGUAUUGAAUAAGCAAUUGUCUCCUGAAACAAUCCAAAGAACUCUUGACUAUUUUGACAAGGUAGAUAAAAAAUUGUCUUCUUACCAAAGGAAAGUUAGAAAAGGAACUAAAAUUGUUAAAGGUCUAGAAACAGGUUCUCCAAUUUUAACCAGAGCAGGCAAGUUUGCUGAUACUGUUAACCAUUAUGUUGAAAUUAGUGGUUUAGACACGGUAAAAGCAGCAGGUGAUUUAUCUGAAUAUGCCAAGUCUCGUAGGUUAGGUAAUAAGGGUCAAACUAUUGAUGAAGUAUUACAAAUUAUAAGAGAAAAAGUAGCAGGAGCCAAAAAGGUUUUUAAACACAUCAAUGAUAUUCAGCAACAAAAAACUCGACAAGAGAAGUAUGUUGAAAUACAACAUCCAAUGAAUGACUUUGAGUUGGAAGAAGAAAAAGCCCAAGCACGAAAAGACGAGCAAUUGAGUGAGGGUUGGGACUUAAUAAGCAAAGAAACAAUACAAAAAGAAUUGCAACCUCAACGAAAGAUUAGUGGCUUAGUAAAAACUGAAAGUCGGUUAAAAGGUAAUUUGUUAGAAGCUAUCAGCGAUAUAAACGAUUAUAAAUCCCAAGAAGUUUCCAGCAAAAAAGAUAGCAUUGUUUUACAGUAUGCCCAAAAAGGUCAGGGUGUAUUCAAAAUAGCUGAUAGCAAGGUUAAAGGGUUAACUUUGGAAUUAGAUACUAUUAAAAAAUUAGUUAGAACAGUUCAAAAACAAUUGGAUUAUUCUCUGGCUAAAAAAGGUUUAGGGAAGGCUCGAUUGGAUGACGAACAAUUAAAGAAAGAUUUAGAGAAAUUAAUUAAUAAUAUUGAAAAACACCAAGAAUAUAGCAGAACACUAUUAAACAAUCCUUAUGGCUAUAAAUGCGAGAAAGAAGUUUUAGUUUUUGAGGAGGAAAUAGAAGGUAAAAAAAAGCAAAAGGCUAAGCCUUUUGCUGGCGGAGGUGCAGCAUUCUUGAAUAUUCAACCAAACAAGCUAAUAGUUAACGACCUUAACAAAGAACUAAUAACUGCUUAUCGAGUAAUUAAAGACCAACCACAAGAGUUAGAUAAAAAGGAUAUUACUCGUAUAUUAGAAAGAUUGUUGGAAUUAGACUUUUUUCAGGACCUCCAAAAGCGAGAAGUAAUUGCUAAUCACGCUAAUUUAGAAAAUUUUUAUCAGUUGGAACCUCAGCAAAAAGUAAUUUACUUGGGAAUAGACUGCACGGGUGAAAGUCUUCACAUCGGCCAUUUAUUUUUACUUAUUCAAACUAUUCGUUUUGCUAAGGAAGGAUUUACGAUACUGUUGGUACUCGGUGGGGCGACCAGUAAAAUUGGCGAUCCUAGUGAUAAAUUAAAAGAACGACCCCAACUAGAAGCCAAAAAGUUAAAUCAAUAUUAUCUAUCAAUAAAGGACCAAAUUACUCAAAUAGUAAUUCGACCACCAAUCUCAGAAAACAAAAAGGAGAUAGAUUUUGCUCCUUUGGAGCUAUUUUAUGCGGAUAAUCCUCAAUUACUAAUCAAUAUAUAUCAA